AUGAUAUUAAUUCUUCUCAUCCUUCUUUUGGGAGGGACCCAAUCACAAGGAUGUUAGCCUUAUGGAAUUAGAUUAUUUUUAGGGCAUUACUUUAGUUAUUUGAGAAAUUCUUAGGAUGUCAUUCGAAUAGUUUUCAAUACUGAAAAAGAAUGCAAAGGUUAGUUUGUUCUUGAGUUGAUGGAUAACAAAAAAGGAAAUCAGGUAAUGGCAUCCUAAAUCACAUAUUAUGAUACUCAAUUAUUAAACAUGACAUAAAUAUAUGAAAAGAGUGAGACUAUUCAAUAUAAAUAUGAAACAUUUAUUCACACAUUUAAGAUAGGCUUAAAUAACGUAGACAUCAAUGUAUCGACCUCUUAUAAUUACACAAUUGUUUCUAAAUAAAAUUCAAUAUUAUCUGGUCCAUAUAAAUUUGAUAUCCCUUUGGCAUAAAACGAAUAAAAGUUCUUAGUGUUUGGAGAUAUGGAUUCAAAUUGGGUAUAAAACUAUUCUAAAGACACAUUUAAUUGGUUAGAAAAUUAGGUAAAUUCUGACAAGCGAUACGAUUCAAUCAUAUUUACAGGAGAUAUGGCAUAUGAUUUAGAAACGAAUAAUUGCUAAUAGGGAGACAAUUGGCUAAGAAAUCUUUCGGUAUUUACCAAUAGAUAUCCCUUUAUGGCAGCUCCUGGAAAUCACGAUACAGGAGAGAAUAAGUUUUAUGAUUUCUUCAGAGCUAAUUUCGGCGCUUUAUUUUUAACAGAAUAUAACACCAAAAGUUAUCUUAAUGAUUUCUUUAGUUUUGAUGUAGGAAUGGUCCAUUUUAUAUAAUUUAAUCCAAUAAAAAUAGUUUAUCAAAAUGAUAUUGAUAACGUCACUCCUCUCAUAGUAGAACAAAUGAGAAAUGAUUUAAUUCAUGCAAAUUACAAUCGAGACAAAGUGCCUUGGAUCAUUGUGUACACUCAUUAUCCUAUAUAUUGUUCAAAUCCCUAAAGUGUUCAGUGCUUAAACAAUUUUAAAUAUUUAUCAGAGUUUGAAGAUUUGUUUGUAAAAUACAAGGUGGAUUUGUAUUUGAGUGGUCAUGUACAUACCUAUUAAAGAAACAAACCAUAUUAUAAGAAUAAUAUUGCAAAGUACAAAUAACAAGAUAAUAUCAUCUCGGAAUACUAAUAUCCUGUAUCGAUAAUUGAAGGAGUUGCAGGUACAGAUUUUGGGAAAUAAAAUGAAACGUUUCCAGAAGCAGCAUUUAUGGAGAUUCAAAAUCCAAAUCAUGGAAUAGGAAUAAUUACAGUUAAAAACUCUACACAUUUAUAUUAUGAGCAUAUAACAGUUUCAGAUAACAAAGUUAUAGAUGCUAUAUGGUUGGAUCGUUCUAUUGAUACUACUAAUACCUCAAAUCAUGAUGGUUUUGAGAUUGUUAUGUGGGUAAUCUUUUCUGUUUUGCUGGUCCUUACUGGUGUUUCUAUCUAUUAUAAGUCAAAUUAAGGAAAGAAAAGUAAGAAGAAACUAUUGGAUGAGACAAUAACUAUGGUAGUCAGUUGA